GUGCGUGUGUUGUGGCUGCCCGCAAUAUGUGAAGACAUGAAAACUUCCACUUCUGGACGACAAGCAAGACAAGCAAGACACGGGCCAAGUAUCCGAGCGAGGAAUUAAGUCCGACUCCCCUUGCGGCAGCGAAGUCUCGCUGCACUCGGCCAAGUCCGCGACCUCCGCCAAGUCGAGUGCCUCGGCCAAGUCCAGUCUGUCGACCAAGUCCAACGCCUCCUCGACCAGGUCCAACCUCUCGGGCCGCUCCAGUGCCUCCACGCGCUCCAGCGCCUCCGCCAAGUCCGACAAAUCCCGGGACGCCGUCAAGUCCCCUGGGGCAUCUCUGAAGAGCGCUGGCCCCUCCAGGACCACCAAGGCCAGGUCACCUGCACCCACCCACGGAGGGUCCACGCCCGCCCACACGCCCACGCGCCGCCGCAGCUCCCUGUCCAACGGCUCGUCCGCCUCCAGCGCCGACACAUCCCAGCACAACGGGAUGGCCAACAGUGAGCAAGUCACUCCCAGGCGGACGACCCCCCCGCGGUACACCCCCCCUAGGAACUCGGGUGCCGGGACCCCAAGCAGCGUGGGCACACCAAGGCACAUGUCGGCUAAGAAACCCUUGCCAGUGUUUAACUCCUACAUGAGUCUUUUCCAAGUUCAGGAGAAACUCAAGAAAGGAGAAGUUAUUGAGGGUGUUUUGAGAAUCAACCCAAAGAAUUACGAAGAUGCGUAUAUCAGCGCACCGGACGGGGGGAUGGACAUCUAUAUUGGCGGGGUACGUGACCGGAACGCUGCUCUGCACGGAGAUGUGGUCGUGGUGGAAAUUAAACCCAUUGACCAGUGGAAGGUGCUUUAUGAUCAAUUAGACCAAUAUUUAGACGACCAUAUGGAUGAAAAAAUUAUUGUAUAUAGUCCGCUGGAGUCCAAUAUAACUGCUUCAGUUGCUGACGCUGCUUCCUCCUAUAACCCCUUAUCUAACAACACUAAUAAACAACAAAAUACUAAGAAGAAAGAGAAAACUAGAAAUGAUUCUGAUAGUGUACAUGUUGUAGAAAGUUUAGGAAGUAUUAUUCAGUGUGACAGUGAUGUGGUUGUGAGGAAAGCCAAGUAAAACACAGGAUGCCAGUCAUCCAAAUAAAGUCUGUACAGCUUCUCAAGGUGGCACUCAAGAGAAACCAGAUGAGGAGAGCUGUAAAGAUGACACCCAGGAAUUGGUGAUUGUGCUGCAGACUGAACCAGUCAAGGUUGCUGAUGAGCUUGUCCUCCUGUCAUGCCCAACACUUGAGGAGGGUAAGCAGGUUCCUCAGGAAGAUGACUUUGAUAGUUUCAAGGAAGGAGUGAAGGGUGUUGUAGUACCUCCUGACCAACUGAGUGAAUGUGAUUUCACAGACGAUGAGAGUGGAUGCAGUGAAAUCCUGGAUUACAGCCAGAUGAGGGAGGAUCAGAGCUUCAUGCAAGCACAAUGGGAAGCCUACAAGAAGGAAUUUCAUCAGAAGCAAAAGGAAGAAUCGCAAGAAUAUCACAAGAAAUCUGAGGCAGAAAAAGAAAAGGAUGCUGGUGUACUGGUGAAGAAAUGUUUUGAAACAUCAGAUAUAAAGCAAGAGAUAGCUCUUGGCUUUCCUGAAGGAUUUGUGAAAGAGGAGAAUAUAGAUAGUAAGAAUCUGGAUUGCAAGAUAGAAACGGUUAUAGGGAAGAAAGUGUCGAGUGCCAAUGAUGUAAAUACUGUAAAAAAGGAGGAAAAAUGUAUGACUACUUUUGAAAAGGAUGAAGCAAAAGAAAACACAGAAACCACUCAGGGUGCUUGUGGAGACAUUGGAUCAAUUACAGCGGGAGGUUGAAGAGAAGGUUAAAUCCUUAGGACUAGAUGAUGUUGGGGGAACAGCAGAAAGUAACAGUCAGAUGCAGGACUGUCAACAAAACAAACCUCAAGCUAAAAUCAAGAAGCCCACUGCUCCUGUCCAGACUGUCUCUUCACAAGGGGACAAGAACUUUGGAAGGAGGAGGGAUGAAGGCAAACAGCAAGGGAAAGAACAAAACUGGUCCAAUAAUGCAGUGCAAAACAAAUAUUUAAGAGGGAGGUCUGGUGGUCAGCAAAGAGUAUUUCAACAGGUGACAGCUGCAGAAGAUCCAGAAAAUAAGAUGGCUGGAAAUAGGCGAAGGAUGUUGGAAAGAGUAGAAAGAACAGAGCCAAAUAUAUUCCAGAUUCAACGCUUACGCAACUGGGAGUCAUUUGUCCAACGAACUGCACAUGUUAUCCAUAUUUUAGAGAUAAAACACACUCGAGCUGCAACAGGUAUCUUAAAGUUGUUUACAGAUAAAAACCCAAACUAUGCCCUUUUCUCACCAACUGACAACCGAGUCCCACGGAUGAAAAUACCAAUGUUCCAGUGUCCUCCAGACUUCAUGGCAAGAAACCAGGACUACCUUGCCAGAAUAUUUCUAGCAAGGAUAACUCAAUGGAAAGAACCAAAAUUUGCCCUAGGAGAACUUGUGCGAGACGUGGGAGCUGUUGGAGACAUUGAAGCUGAGACUGAAGCUUUCUUACAGGAAUAUGGCAUUGAUCACAGAGAAUUUCCAGAGGAGGUCACGAAACACUUGCCACAGUUGCCAUGGUCCAUUCCUGCUGAGGAGAUAGCUGCUCGGACAGACUUACGAAAUCAAUGCAUCUUCACCAUUGACCCUUCAACAGCAAGGGACCUUGAUGAUGCUGUAUCAUGUGUUCCUCUAGAGAAUGGGAACUUCCGAGUGGGAGUCCACAUUGCAGAUGUUAGUUACUUCAUCCCAGAACAAUCAUCGUUGGACAUAAUGGCGUCACAAAGAGCCACAAGUAUCUACCUCACUGAGAAAGUGAUCCCUAUGUUGCCGGAGGUCUUGUGUCAAAACCUCUGCUCACUGAACCCAGGUGAAGACCGCCUGGCAGUUUCAGUGAUAUGGGAACUUACACCAGAUGGCAAGAUUUUAGGGGAAUGGUUUGGUCGCACUGUUAUCCAUUCAUGUGUUAAGCUGGCUUAUGAACAUGCGCAAAGUAUGAUUGAGGAGCCACAUCGACAGUGGACCAAGGAGGAGAUUCCAGAGGUAUUUUGUGGCUAUUCAACCAGGGACAUCAGCAAAGUAGUUAACAACUUACAGUCAUUAGCUGUGAAGUUGAGAGAAAGAAGGUUCAAGAAUGGUGCCCUACGUUUAGAUCAAGUGAAGAUUUCUUUUAAUCUUGAUUGGGAAACAAAAAUGCCCAAUGGCUUUCAUACACAGGAAUUAAAGGAGAGUAAUAGACUCAUAGAAGAGUUUAUGUUGCUUGCAAAUAUCACAGUUGCUCACAAGACUUAUGAAGUCUUUCCUGAUGUAGCAUUGUUGAGACGUCAUCCUCCUCCAAUUUCAAAUCCCAUGAAGAAUGUGGUUGACACUCUUGCAACAAUGGGUAUUAUCUUGGACCCUACAUCUUCAGGAUCUCUGUUCGACUCGAUUAAUAAGUAUGUUGGAAAGGAUAAGUAUAGUACUGCACGGCUACAAGUUAUAACAUCUAUGUGCAGCAAACCAAUGCAGUUUGCAAGAUAUUUUUGCACUGGGGUGCUUGGUGAUGAAAGACUCUUUCAUCAUUAUGCUCUGAAUGUUCCCCUUUACACACAUUUUACAUCACCUAUCCGUCGGUAUGCAGAUUUGAUAGUUCACCGUUUGCUUGCAGCUGUAAUUGAUCCAGCUAGGUGCCGAAAACCAGAAAUAACCAAGAAAGCCGUAAACAAGAAAGCUGAGCAUUGCAAUGACAGGAAACAGACUGCAAAGACUUUACAGGAAAUAAGUAGUGAAUUGUACAUGGCACUUUUCAUCAAACGGGCUGGAGAGAUGGUGGAGGAAGGCAUGGUGAUGGCUUUUGAUCAUAGCUUUGUUUUUUGGUUGUUAAACAUGGAAGGUUUUAGCAUCUUGUGGUUAUUCAACAAGGGUGUAAAUGAAUUCAUGCCCUCCCAUGAAAACAAAGUCCCUGAAGGACUCUACACUUCAACUACUGAAAAACCUCAAACCUUUUUUGUGUCAAGACAAUUCUUGCUUUUUUGCUCUGUAGAAGGCAUACCCAUGCAACAUAAUAAACAUUUAAAUGUUCCUAGAUUCGCAAAUUCACUGCCUUUUUGUGUGGAAGCACUGAAAGGACCGAAGAUGAACGGGAUGGAAAAGGUUUCCUCUAAUGGAAUGUUUAUGUUUGACAGAUUGCCCAAGUAUGAGCUUUUCCAUGUGAUUCUGUAG